AUCACCUCGGGCCUGUUGGACAGAGAUGAGGUUUGAAGGAUGAGCGACAGCUUGUUGAAUCCUGGCUCUGUGCAGUUCAUCAAUAUGACGCCUGUUCUCAAUCCAGUUCUUCUGCCUCGGCUGAAUAUGUCUUCUACAUCAACGGGAUAAAACAAACUGGAUUAUUAUUAUUAUUGUUAAUUUAUUUCGUCUGGAGUGGUUGUCUGCUUGAAUUUGAUUGACUCUGAUGACUCUGACAAUGUGGUCGACACCAGCUGCGUGCAUGGUGUGCAUCCUGUUUGGGAUCCUUUGUGAUGUCAAGGCGGUGUACUCACAACCCAAAUUAAUACAAAGACAGUCUAACCAGACCCCUGAUGAAGCCACCAAACUACAAGAGGACAUCCAGAGAGUUAUAAACCAAAUCCACUCUUUGUCUGGCAAAAAUGAAAACACACGCAGCUUCAGCGCCUCCUCCACAGGAGGCGGCUUUGACUUAAAUGCAUAUUACAGUGCUCUGAGUAACUUAUACGGCAUCUUCCAGCCACUGCUGAGAGAACGAUUCGUGGAUGACCUUCCCAAGAUGUUAGUUUGUAUUCUGUCUGGGAGACAGGACUGUGGACUGGAGGCAGAGCUAACAAAGACCGUGUCUUUGGAGUUAGGAAGGCCGCUGCUGACCUUUGUGUCGUCUCUGGGGUCCCAGACAUGUACUCAACCGAGGAGUGAUGCGGAGUCAAACGGCUUCCUGAGGACCUACAUCAGGAUGGGGGAAUCAACGGCAGCGGUGUUAGAUGGUUUUCAGCAAACAUUUAUAAAUGUAGUGUCAAGUUUCCCUCUCUCUGGGAAUCUGAUGAGCGCUGUGAGUGGCCUCGUGGAUGCAGCUGUGACGUAUGUCUCAAAGUUCAUGGCAACGUUUCUCCAAAUACCACUGGACUACAUCAAAAUCGCUUUACAGUUUGGGAUUAGAAUACCAUCUUUAGAUGGAAGAGAGACCUGCGAGCAAGGAGAUCUCAAGCAGCUCAUUAUGUGGGGGAUAAACCACAAUGUGAGCUGGUCCUUCAGCACCUCCAUCUUUGACAUCCUCCUGGACAUCUUCCUGGCUCCAGAAGAGUCUAUCUGCACAUAUCCAGGGCCAGAGUGCCAGAAUCCUCAAAGGGUUCCCUUCCAUCGCAGCAGCUCAGAGGCAAAAGACGACACUGAUACCAAUCACGACAUCCUGCUGAAGUGCGAUCGCCACAACCUGGCCCGGCUCAAUGACACGCUGUGUGCUGACAUUCUUACAGGCUCAAGAGCGGGGUCCUCUGCAUCUGUGCUCACCUUUUGCCAGGCGCUCGGCUCCCUCGGCCCUGACCAGAUAGAGCAGGUGUGGAGCAAUAUGUGUUAUGUCAUACAAACGCUGAUGUCUCUGCUCCUCAGCAGGUCAACUGGCUGCAGUGUUGGGGACACACAGCCUUCCCCUGCUGUCACCGCGACCUCUGCACCUCAUCGAGUAGCCAGAGAAGCCUCUAACCUCAAACAGCUCGCCUGUAACUAUAACAACUGGCUUGAAAACGAGGUGGUGGACGCUGUCCUGGUGUCGCUGUGCAGCGAUAACGAACGUGAGGAGUUUGUGAAGCAGGUGUGUAACAAUGGUUUGUUGAUGAGGAAGCUGCUCUCAGAUCAGAUGAACAGCUGGCUGUAUGGAUACUGUGCCAACUCCUCUGCAGACCCUGCCUACAUGGUAAGUCAGUUCUGUGUCUAUGACCUGUGGAUCGAGCAGCCCUCUGCCCCGGUUGGCCCCUCGCUGCUGGAGUUCUGCAUGAGUCUGGACAGCCCCAGACUGACCAAUCUCAUUUGUGAGCACACCGGAUUCUUCCUGCUUUUAUUCUCCAACCCUGAAAACGUGCACUUCAUGCCUAACUGCACAAAGCAGCCUCCUCCGGCACCAUUCCCCGACAUGGGCUCAAUAAUGUUAGAGUCUUGUCGUUACUCAGAGUGGCAUGAUGUGAUGCACAUUAGCAUUGAUGUUUUGUCACAGUGCAUCCGCCUGGAUAACAGUGGUUUCAUCAAAGAGGUCUGCGCUAACAAAACGUUUCUAAACAGUCUGCUGCUCAAUGAAGCAAAUGCAUGGCUUGAGGAUCACUGCAACUUUUCUCUCAGCUUUCAAACUCCGGAGCCGACCCAGCCCUUCGUCAUCGCAGACUGGUGCGACUACCACACGUGGGGAGAGCGGCAGGUGGACGAUUCAGUGAUCGGCCUCUGCUGGCAUUACGAUCAACUUGCCUUUCAGAAGAACGUCUGCUGCAAAGCGUCUGUGUUUGAGAAGCUGUUAGAAGACCCUCAGAACAAAUGGCUGACAUCAGUCUGCACAGACAUAAAGGAAAUAGAAGAUAUAGCAGUGUUACCACAGGUGUGCAAAUACUCUGAGUGGACCCGUCCCAUCAUCGUCGACAUGACCGAGCUAGCUCUCUGCGCUGAGAUCGACCCACAUAACUUCACCUCCAAAGUCUGCGCCAAUGAGACAGUCCUCCAGAACCUGUUGGCCAAUCAGGACAACACCUGGUUAAUACAGCACUGUGCCAACCAUUCAAAUCAAAGGGUGACUCCCAGUGGAGGUGGGGAACAAGGAGAAAGCCCACCUGGAUUCAAUCCUGCAGAGCAGUGCCAGUACUCAAGCUGGAGCAUAUCUCUUCCAGACGCAGCCCUCUUGACUCUCUGCUGGGAGCAUGACCAGAUCAGUUUUGUCUCCUCCAUCUGCCCUGAUGCCGGUCUUCUCUUUUUGCUGUCCCAGGAGCCAUCUAGUUUGUGGGUGAGCAGCAUGUGUACCACCUACACCAACUACACCACUAACAGCAGCACCACUGCAGAGCCUAAUUUUUGCCUCGCCAAGAGCCUGGUGAGACAGUUCAACUGGACCUGCUCAGCUGACUUCACCUCAGCUUGCCAGCCUGGGGCCAGUCAGAACAUGGCCCUGCAGAUGAUGGUGCGCUGCUGGGUGGAGAGUCUGAGGUCCAGGGUGGAGGAUCUGAUGACUCCACCUGUGGUGACAGUGUUGGAGCAGGCAGUCAGCAAUACUGUGGUGAUCCUGUUGGCCCUGGAGGAGGUCCACAACACCUCGUUGCAUGUCACCGAGAACAUACGACUGAGCGUGUUAACAUCUGUAGUUCGUUAUCUCGAGAGGGUGAACAACUUCGACAAAAAGAGGGUGUUGCUGCAGUGCUUUGGGAGAGUCUUAACCAGUUUGAUGCAGACAGCAAGGGACGUGACCAGCGAUGAGUACUUCCUCAUUAAGGAGUACUUCGAUAUACCGCUGAGCAGCCUGAGCUCAGUGCUCAGUUCAGCUCACAUCACCACCGUCAGACUGAUCCUUCAGUACUACAGCAGAAACAAGGAUACGCUGCAGUGUCCUGACAAGUACCUGUCCACCAUGGUGUCAGUGUUGUUCCAGACCCACCUGGUUAAAGAUGUUAGUCUCUUCCCAGAGCUGGCUCCACUGCUGGCUGCAGCCAGCCCAGCUGACAUCCAAACUCUGCCCUCACUGCAAAACAACAUCAAGGUGAGGGAGACCAUUAACAGACACCUGCAGCACAUGACUCUGGAGCAGCGACAGGCGUUUGGCUUGUGGUACAGUAAAGUUAUGCCCCCCUCCAACAUCAUCAGAGGUCAUCAGUCACUCAUCAGGGACACAGGAAACCUGAUCGCCUACCUGCCCUUCCACAACUUCCAACACCUCUCAUCUGCUCAGCUUUUGGACGGGCUGGAUGUGUUGCAGAGAAACACCCUCACUUCUCUAAAGCAGGAGUUCAUAGCUCAGAGCCUCAUCGGCACCUACAAGAACCUGACAGCUCAGGAUUUUAUCAGGCUGGGUAACCUCUCCUGCCUGGCAGACCCAGAGGACCUCCUCAUGUACAAAGACACUGCGGUCUUCAGUGUCAUCCAGGACAUCGUUAUGAACUGCACACGUGAUGGACUCAGUCUGCCCAGCCAUCUGAUUUCCAGUCUGUUACUGAACAGAUCAGAGUUAAAGGUCCCCUCCUCGCUCAGUCCUGGUCGCCUGGCAGAGCUCGGCCCCCUCCUGCCUUCGCUGGGUGUGACUUUCCUGCAGGAUGUCACACCGUCACAACUGCUUGCUGCCCUCCCUGCCCUCGACUCUGUUCCCUUCAGCCCUGCACAGGCUUCCAUAAUCAUAGACAAGAUGUCUUCAACUAGCACCCUGACCACUCCAGGCCAACUGCAGAAGCUCGGCUCCCUCAUCAUUGGAAUGAAGACGGAGACGUUGUUAACCCUCACAUCUGACAGGCUGCUGUCAUCCCUGCCUGCCAUGGCCCAACACACACCAUGCCUCAGCCCGCAGGCCAAUGCGAUCUCCACCAAACUAUGGGGUUUUCCAGAAGUGGUCGGUUGGUUGGAUGAAGUGGAGCCGUUGCUCCAUUGCACGCCCCUGCUCAGCGUCAUGCCCAGGAUUCUUGUGCUCGUCUCUAACAUCUCCACUGCGUUCACAAGACCUUGGAACACACAGCAGGCUAAAGCCAUUUUCAAAGUGGUGCUUGAUACUAAACCAGAGCUGAUCAAACAGGAUUUUCUGAGUCUGGGAACAGUGGGUCAGGGUGUGAGCUGCAAGGUCCUACAGGAACGUCUGUGGGCCGAUUCCACGCCUUCUUCAGUGAGAAGAAUCCUGGCCUUCCUCAGGCAGCAGCCGGGUCCUCUUCACACCUCACUGAAAAAGUGUGUGAUUGAGGAGCUGUAUCAGUUUGAGUUCUUCUCUGAGCUGCUCAGAGAUCUCGGAGCUGAGAUUGCCCUGUCGAUGCCGGUGAGCACCAUUAAGAAGUUUCCCACAGACAUAAUGGGCACUCUGAGGGAGAUGAUCAUCGAGCACCCUCUGCCCUUCCAGAAGCUGGAUAGAACAAAACAGGAGCUGCUGGUGGACAAAAUGGUGCAGAGGAUGGGCAUGUACACCGGGGUGUUCACUGAGCAGGAGUUUCGUUCACUGGGCAUUAUGGCACCGUAUGUGGUGGAUGAGGUUUUCAUCCAGCUGGACCGCAGCUUCUUCGUCGACAAUCUGGAGUUCCUGCAGGGACUCUGCUACAGCAGGAGCAAGAUGGACAUUGUGGCUCGUAUCUUGCAAGACGUCUUCGGCCCAGUCAGCAGCUGGAACCAGACGACACUCAGUCAGGUGGACCGGUUUCUCUUCUUCCUGCCUGAUGACAAACUGCAGGAGAUUUCCCUGGCGCUGAUGACUGUGGGGCGAAUAGAGAAGCUGUUCAUGAGCCAGCGUCGGUGGGAGCGUGGGGAUGUGGGGAUCCACUGUUUGGACGAGGAUGAGAGGAGGAGAUUUUUUGAGAAGCAGCAGUUUGUUCUACAGUUUUUCCUGGGCUUCCUCAAAAUAAACCUCAUGUCAUCGGCUCCUAUGGUUCCUACCUGUGAGAUUCUGCAUACAACAGCUCCCUCCGCCUGGACCUCCAGCAGUCUGACAAGCAUGUCUACAUCGGCCUUCUCCAACUGUCUCGAGCUGAUAGGUCAGGACCCGUUCCUUGCAUCCUACCAGCGCAGCCAAGUGCUCAAGAGAGUCAAACAGAUAUACGGCCCCGUCUCGACCUUCUCCCAGUCUGUGAUCUCUCAGCUGGGUGGAAUAGCAGUAGAGCUGUUACCAGAGGAGCUGAGCAGCCUUCGACUGACUGAGCGAAGGAGCAUCGCUGCUCUGGGUGCUGUCAGUACCUGGAGCAACAGACAGCUGUCUGCACUGUUCACCACCGUGUUAAACUCCACAAAGCGGCUGCAGAGUCCGAGCCAGCUUGACUCCAGCACACUGGUGGCGAUGGGACACAUUGUGUGCGGAGCUAAAACGACAGAGAUGAAGUUUUUCAAUGCUGUAGAGUUCAGUAAGGCGGUGCUCUGGCUGGGUCAGCUGAGGCUGUCCUGCUCAGAGGAGCAGCUGCUGGCUCUGGUUGGGCUGCUGGCCCACAGCCUUGCUUUUGGACCCAUAAGUUCAUGGGGAACUGAUGUCUUCAUUGAGAUUGGAGUUCUGGCAGCUGGUCUCCCAGAUAUGGCAAUGUCAGCGCUGGUGAAAGAGCAAAUAGAAGGACUCUUACCUGCAGCCAUCGAAAUGAUACCACCUGAUAAGUUUGCUGUGGUGUUUGACCAGAGAAUGAUCAGCAUGUUCUCCUACGAGCAGGCGGCUGCGGUGACUGACGCGCAGCUCGCUGCACUGUCGGAUCUUCAGAGGAAAGCUCUGGCUAUGGUGCUGACACCGUGGGAGGACAGGCAUGUAGACUUCAGAGGGAAGUCACAGGGGCUGGCACUGAGCCACAGUCCUCUGUGUGUCAUACUGGGACUGCUGAUGCUGCUGGUCCUACCCUGUCCUGACCUGAUCUGCCCUGGCACAUGACCCCACUCACCCCUGCUGGAUCGGGAAACACCUCCUCGCCCACAUAACCGAGAUGAUCUCGUCUAUCUGUGCAAUACCAUACCUCUGUGAAAUGUGCAGCACUUCAGGAUUUCUAUCCAGUGUAAUUAAUGAGACAAUGAGAUAAUUUAUUUUGUGCAGCUGUCACUUAUGUAAACAUAUCAACAAUCAGCACUGAAGGAACCAAAUGGAGAGUUUAACUAAAAAAAAAGACCAUUUUAACAAUAUAAACUUAUCCAGUAAGUCAACACCCACACACCCAGCUUAUUUAUUUAUUUAUUUAUUUUUGAUAAACCUGUAUGAUCCCUACUGUCCCGAUGUAUCCUUCUCAGGGAUGUGACGCCAUACCCAGAAAUACAACCCAAACACUUAGAUGAUUUAAAUACACUUAUGAUACAGUUAUAACGAGCAAAUCAAAGUUGUGUUGCAAUGCUACAUGCAAAGUUAUAUAUUUUUGUGAAAUGAUAUAUUAUUUUUGUCAGAAUAAGGGCUGCAAUGUUUGCUACAUUUAUAUAAAAGUUAUCUUGAUUAGAUAACUGGUACAUAAUGCUCAGUAAGACCUGAUUGUACUGGUCAGCUUCAGUCUGUUUUUGCUGUGAGUUUUGUAUUGUUGUGCGCACUCUCUGGUUUGAUAAAUGUAUUCUUAAAUUAUUAAACUGUACCAAUCUG